UAAAGAAGUUUGUUUGAGUUUGUUAAAAUUGGAGAAAAUUAAUUCAGCUAUUGCGUUUUGAUGCAAGGGGCAUUGUUCUUAGCAAAAUAUGUCGAUCACUCGUUGAAACCCGAUUUGAGAGAACUAAAAUACAUAUGCUAUUCUACAGUAGAUGACGCGCAGAACCUUCAUUUAUAUCUAGUGGAAAACAGCUGUUUCAGUGUAAAUAAUUAAAGGAGUUUUAUAAAGUCAAAAAUGUCGAAAAUUUUACAACGCGUAGAAACUACUUUACGCUGUUUCUAUAUAUUCAAUUCAAACUUUUGUAAAAAGGAAGGUGAAGAAGCUAACAAAAUACUCUACUAUAAUCCUGAGGAUAUAGAACUGAAUACAAAAAUCAAAGAUGUUGGGCUUAGUGAAGCUAUUAUACAGUUUACGGGCACCUUUGUUGGUAGUAACGAUUGCAAAGCCCUACAUACACAGAAAACAACACAAUUAUUUUAUCAACCUGAAAGCGGCUAUUGGAUGGUAAUGGUACUCAAUGUGCCAAAAGAAGUCAAGAGUAAGGAUGGAAUUGAAGUACCAGAAUAUCGUGGGGCUGAGGUACAGGACCGUAUGUAUAGAGCCAUUUUGCGCCAAUGUUAUAAUAAGUACCGUCUUAAUUAUGGUACUUUUCAUUCGAAUUUAUCUUUGAAUGAAUGCGAUGACUACAAUGGGCGUCAACAAUUGCAGGAAAAACUUUCCACCUUUCUCAACGAUUAUCUGCGGUCACUAAAGUUUCCCGUAAAUGACAUUUUGAGUUUUAUGCACUCAAUCCAAUAUUUGCCAUUAGAACAAUCAUUAUUUCUUCGUGCCCAUAACUUUAUUAACAUGAUUCGGUCAACGUUUCCCAUAAUAAGGGAGAGUGUAUUAUUGUAUGAAGACUAUGUCAUAAGUGGUGGUCAAAUCGAACCCAUGGAGCUGUGCAGCUUGCAUCAAUAUAUUGGCGAUAAAUUUUUCGAAAAAAGUGAAGGUGCAUCCAGAAAUGCACACAUAGAUAGUCCCAUAGUGGAAAAGUAUCUCAAUGGUGUCUUCGUGACUGGUUCUGAAUCCUCCGAACAAUCUGUUAACUUGCCUAGAGUGUACCUUAAACUAAGUGGCGAACUAAAUUGCUAUUAUUUGAUCAUUUUUCGAGUUCUAAAUGCCACGUUAUGCCUACUUAAAAGCGCCGAUGAAAGUCCUCCAAGUUAUGAUUUCUAUACCGAACUGCGCACAUAUAUGGAACCCCAAUUGUCAAGUAUUUCAAAGGACAUUGAAGAAAGCUCAGGCAAGCAACAAAGUUUGCGUAAAGCCAACACUUCUACAUCACUAUCGGCUUUGACUUCUUCUGUUGCUGACGAUUGUGCAGCACCAAAAUAUAUUUUUAUUAAUGAAAAAAACCUUAAACAUGUCACUAAUAUUCCUAAAGAAUGUCGCCAAAUUAGCAAAUCGGUCCAAUAUCUUCCCACCAAUGUUACUAAUCUUAUUGCUGAUCUCUUCCCUAAUGACGAAGACAACGAUCUCGAAGAAUCUUAUUCACCAUUAAAAGAAGUACAAAUAAAAACCACAAAUGAUUAUUGGAUCGUUCAACGCCGUUGGAAUUGGAGACAAUCCUAUGUAGUAAUACAUAACAGUAAAGCGACAUUGUUAGAUAUAACACAGGAAGCCAGACGUGUGUUCGAUAAAGAAUUCACAGAUGAUGUAUUUUUUGACAAAUAAACAGUAUAAUUAAA